CAGCGCUUUCCGGAGCAGGACCCCCGAGUCGGAGCGCGGAGGACCCCCAACUCCUGAGCAGCAAAGAGGACACCCCCCCCACUUUCUCCAUCUGGGGGCAGGAGGGGUGCAAAGGGGGGGUGAUCUGCCACCCCAAUGAAGGUCUUCCUCCGCCUGGGGGGCUGCCUGGAGCCGGGAGGGGGCUCCGCAGAGGGGGGGAUCCUCACCCGCACCCGUUGGUACUGCCUGCCUGUGAAGCCCCCAGUGACCUUGUGGGAGGAGAAGGAGGAAGGCGCCAUCUACAGCGUCAGCUCUCGGCUGCCGGGGGGCGCCAACAAAGCCAGCCUGUUCUCUGGGGGCGAGGACCUGCCAAGCGCCUCGGGUCCCCCGGGGGCUGCUGAUGCCUCGGCGCUGGGGGUGUCGGAGUCCCCGGCUGGCCGCUCUCGGGUGCUGAAGGCUGGAUCGCUGCCUCGCCUGGUCAGGCACCUUCUGGAAGCCCCUUCGCUCGGGGACACCUGCUACGUGCCGGCCUUCCUGGCCACCUACCGGACGUUCGCCACGACCGGCCUGGUCCUGGGGCUCCUGCUCGAGAGGCUGCAGGCAGUUGUGGGUUCGAGUUCAGACGCUACCCCGGAAACAGCAGACCUUCAGCGGGCCCUGGGGUCUCUACUGUGCUCCUGGCUGGACGGGUACCCGGAGGACUUUGUGGGGCUGGACGCUGGCCUGAAGGAGCAGCUGGGAGCCUGGCUACGCUGGGCGCUGGGUAGCGGAUCGGACCCCGAGAAGACCCUCCUGGCAGCCGGCCAAGAGGGAGCUCCCAAAGGCCAGGAGGACCCCCGGGAGGACGAAGGCAUCACGGACGAAGGGCCCCCAGACCCCCACUACAUCCUGGGGCUCCAGGCGGAAGACGUGGCUGCUCAUCUCACCGCGCAGGAUGCUGAGCUCUUCCUGCGCCUGGUGCCCCACGAGUGCCAGGGCCAGCUGUGGUCGCAGCGGGACAAGAGGGGCCACGAGGGGGCCUGCCCCUCUGUCCGUGCCACCGUGGCCCAGUUCAACCGCGUGGCCAACGCCGUCGUCUCCUCCUGCCUGGGCGACACGGAGCUGCGGGCGGCGCAGAGGGCGCGGCUGCUGGAGAAGUGGAUCCGCGUGGCAGAGGAGUGUUUUCUCCUCCGCAAUUUCUCCUCUCUCUAUGCCGUCGUCUCUGCACUGAAGUCCACCCCUUUGCAUCGCCUCAAGAGGACCUGGGAGGAGACAUCCAGGGACUCCCUCCGCUGCUAUGAGGAGCUGAGCGCCGUCUGCUCGGAGGAGGACAACUACAGCCAGAGCCGGAGGCUCCUCUUCCAGGAUGGCUACCCUCGAGGGGCUGGGGCGGACCCAAUCCAGCGCAGGCAGCAGCGGAGAUCUUUGGAGCAUCGCCCCGUGGGCGUGGUCCCCUACCUGGGCACUUUCCUCAAGGACUUGGUGAUGCUGGACGCAGCGACACGGAACAGGCUGCAGAACGGGUACAUCAACUUUGAGAAGCACCGCAAGGAAUUUGAGAUCCUCACCCAGCUGCGACUCCUGCAGGCCAACUGCCGCAACUACACCCUGAGCCCCGACCGGCACCUCCAGCGAUGGCUGCAGCGCUUGCCUCGACUCAGCGAGGGCCAGAGCUACCAGCUGUCCUGCACAAUCGAGCCGCCUGCGGAAGGAGCAACCCCUGGCCGCCCCGUGAAGCCCACCCUGGUGAUCACCCACUGCGCAGACCUGGCCACCUCGAUUGGGAUGAGCACCCUUGUCUGCUGGGACAAGCCCAGCUCCCCGCAAGCCCCGCCAGACCUCCUGCUGCCUCCACCUGCUUCCCCCACCCCCCACGGGCAACCGCACCAGACCCAGCGUAUGAAGUGGCCGUCCGUCUCCUCACUGGACACAGCCCCAGAGAACUCCUCUCCCUCCUCUCCGGAGGGCUUGGCCCCACCCCCUGCCAUGGGGGGCACCUUCGUCCGUGGCCACCGGCGCUCGGCAUCCUGUGGGUCAGCCUACCCCACGGCCCCCGCCCCGGACAGCGGACUCCCCUCGGACUGCCGCAUCAUCCGCGUCAGCAUGGCUCUGCACAAUGGCACCCUCUACAAAAGCAUCUUGGUCACGAGCCAAGACAAGGCGCCGGUUGUGAUCGCGAAGGCGCUGGAGAAGCACAACCAGGAUCGGGUCCUGGCCCCCAACUAUGAACUGGUGCAGCUCCUGCCGGAAGGCCGAGAGCUGGCCUUCGCCACCACGGCGAACGUCUUCUACGCGAUGAGCAGCACCUGCCUGGACUUCAUGCUGCGACCCAAGCGCCCGCGGGAGAAGCCGCCUCCUCCGCCGCCUCCGCCCAAGCCCAAGCCGCCCAAGGGGGUGGAGAUCAGCGCCACCUUCCCGAAGAUUAAGGCCACCGGGCGGAAGAUAGCCAGAGCCCUCUUUUGAGUUGGGCGGCAGGAGGACACAGCGGUGCCUCGGUUUCCACUCGCUCGGGGCUGGCGGCCCACGCUGCCCUUGAGACUGGGGACAGCAUAGGGUUGCAACGCGGUGUCAGAAGUGGCAAAAUGUUGGCAGAGCUGCGUUGGCAGGCCUGGCUGGCGGAGAUCCCUGGUUUUCCAGAGUCUUUGAGGAACUCGAUGUCCUUAACUGCUUGGACCAGGGGAAAGGGAAACCAGAGGGCAGGACGCGAUCCGAUGGAUGCAACCGACGAGAAAGGAGAUUCCGGCUAAACGUUAGGAAGAACUUCCCGUUUGAUGGUGGAACCGGAGGUGGCAGAGUCUCCUCCAUUUUUUAAGCGCAGCUUCCUUUAGCCCCUCCUGAUCCUCCGUUUCUGAGUCCGUUGUCCAAUUUCCAGUGUCAGCACCUUUCCUUUCCUUCAUUUGGGUAGAGCAUGGGGCCGAUAAGGUUUGCAGUCCCACCUUGGACCGCUGGAGUUGGACUGGAUGAUCCUCAGGUGCCUUCAAACUCUGUGAUUCUAGUGAAAUCCCUCCCCUCUAGCUCAGGGGGGAAGGCUGCGUUGCCGAAAACACGGAUGUCGUGUCGCUCUUGGAAGAGUUUCCAUCUGCGUUGUGCAUUUCCUGUUGCCGUCGCCACCGGCUUCCUGUUUCUUUGCCGUGGGCACCUUCUCCUCUCACUCUGGGCUCCUCCCAUCCCCCCCCCACCCCGCCUGCCCCAAGUGCCUUGACUGUCAACGGGAGGGUUGCCAAGUGACCCUGAGGCACCUCACUUCCUGCUGCGGGGAGGGAGGGCUUGGCGGAUUGCCCUGAUGAUGGCUCCCUCUUUUUGGACCGGUCGGAAAGUGGAGCAAUUCUGUGCCUGUCGGAGGCUGUUUCUCACAGAUCCCAGAUGCAAACUGCCCCCUCUGCUAAGCUCAGCUGCCCCAUAUCUCAGGGAGGGUGUGUGUGACUCUAAGAUGCACUUGACACUGCGCUGAGUGCAAAUGAACACUAAUUUUUUUAUAAAAAAGACGGCGCUAUGUUGUGAGGCUGUGGGGAAGGGUUCGGCCUGACCCAGGGCCAAAUCUGUCCUUCCUAAAGCGAGGGGGAAACAUCACCUGUGAAUCCUGAUGCUGGUGGGAAGACGGUGACUUUUCGCGGCUGUUUUACACGGACAUUCACUUUGCAAAUUCCGCUCCAGCCACCCUCAGGUUGGGAUCUCCUCCAGGGGUUUUGCACUGAAUUUCCCAUCAGCCCCAACCGAUGGCUUCAAGUUACGAGAAAGGAGGUUCCGCGUAAACGUUUUUCUGAACCGCCUUCGCCUUCCUCGGAGGUUUCUAAGCUGAGGUUGGGUGGCCGUCUGUCGUGGGGUUAGACUAGAUGGCCCUUGGGGGUCCCUUCCAAAACUUGAAUUCUAUGGUUCAUUAGAGGUUGGGCGGGCUUCUGUCAGGUAUCAUUGAGCUCUGGUUCCUGAAGUGCAGAGGGUUGGACUAGAUGACCCUAGGUGUCCCCUCCCAAUGUCACAGCUCUGAGACUCCAGGACUUUUGGACUACAGUUCCCACCAGCACCCGAUGGGGAGUUGUAGUUUAAAACCCCAGAGGCAAUCUCAGGUUGAGGAAGGUUGGGAGUUUCCCCACUUUUUGCACUCCUGCAGGCUGCUCCUUCUCACCGCGCAGCUAACAUUUUAUAUACGAGUCUAAGCAGCUUGCAAAUUGGCUCUCUUCUUUCGUGUACUGUCUGAAACUCUGCAGAGUCCCCGAUAUAUUUUUAUACUAUUUAAGUUUCAGCACAAGAAACGCCUUCUUCACGGGAGCCUUUUAACACCUCUGUGGGCCGAGCUGCACCGGUUGGGCUGCUGCCUACCCCUUGCCGCCAUCUCACAGCUGCCCACGGGCAACCAGCACUUUCUACCUGCUGCCUAUAACUUUCCCCCCCUCUUUCUCUGGAGGAAAAACGAUGUUUUGAAUGUUAAAAACAUUUGUACUUGGCUGCAUCAGGGACACUGAAACUUUCUAUAAAAUAUUAUUAUAAAAAG